CGCCCAAAGCGCCGCCCUAUUUGCCCAAUAAGUUGGAGUCGACGACCACUUUCGCCAAAAUGAAUCCCCAGUUGUGUCCGUCGGACCCGAAUCUGGUCGGGUAUGUGGCGGACGGCGACCUCUGGGUCUGUAAUCUUAAGAGCGGUUUCGAGUUCCGGCUGACGGAGACCAAGUUUGACGCCGACUCCGGGGUCGUGUCGGCCGGUAUGCCGUCGUACGUGAUUCAGGAGGAGUUCCGGAGGUAUACCGGGUUCUGGUGGCGACCCGACAACGAGUACGACCACAUCGACAGCACUUCUGGUGAUAUCAGUUACAGUAUUCUCUGCGAGUUUGUCGACGAGAGUGAGGUCGACGUGAUUAAGAUCGCCAAUUGGGACGGCACUGUCGAGGAGUACCGGUUCCCGCGCGCCGGUCAGUGUAACGCCGAGUCCUCGCUAUCGAUUGUGACCUUUUCGUUGAAUCCGAUGACACAACUGAUAAGCGACGUGAAGAUCUCAUCGCUGCCGAAGUCGCUGUCGGACACCUUUCCCUCGUUUGAGUAUUUAGUGCGCUGUGGAUGGCAUUCAUACGAUGCCAUUUGGGUGCAGCUCUUGGACAGGAGUCAAUCGCAUCUAGUCUUGGCGCUGAUGUCACUGCAGGACUUGUUUGCGCCGCAGAUUAUCUACGAGGAGACCACCGCUCAGUGGAUCAACUGUCACGACGUGUUGCACUUCUUUGGCGCCGAUUCGGGCGAUGAGUUGGCGAGCGGUUCCCGAUUGCGGUUCUUGUGGUCGUCCGAGGAGUCAGGGUUUCGGCAUUUGUAUCAAAUAGAAGUCGAAUUAGUGGCCAAUAGUCCGGGCGAUGAUAGUAUGAGUGAACACCAGUCCGAUAAGAAUACCGGUGAACCAGUGGUGGCUGUGAAAGAGGAUACUAACGGUGCGAAACAGCCUAAACUCGACCAGAGAUCAGAUUUCAGUAUAGAUUACUCGCAACGAAGUAAAUCAGGGAACAGUAGUGAUGAAGGGAAUACCAGUGCUAAUGGCACCACUUUUGGCACCACUCCUAAUGUGUCACACAACUCGGACUACGGUCGACACCAAACCACCGCACCCUUCGAGUCCAUAGCGACGCUACGCUCAAAACUGGUCAGUAAAUUGCAGUUAACUCACGGCAAUUGGGAGGUGUCGGACAGGGAUGUCUGGUGCGACGAACACCAGGGACUGGUCUACUUCUGCGGACUCAAGGAGUCGCCGCUGGAGCGGCACCUUUAUGUCGUGUCACUUAAUUACCCGAAACUGUCGCCCAAACGGCUGACCGCCGAGGACUUCUCGCACACGACCAUCGCGUUCAACCCGUCGCACAAGUACUUCGUGGACAUACAGUCCAACAUAACGAUACCGCCGUUCGGGUACCUCCAGAAGCUGGUCAGUGCGACUCCAGGCGCCAGUUUGCCCGACGCCGAGCCGGUGCGCCUGUUUUUGGGCACUACGGCCAACCCGGGCGAGGAUAGCGACCAAAUAGAUCUGUUGCCGGGAAUGGCGGCGCCGCAGCUGUUCGACUAUAGGCUGAAGUCCGGGGAUUUGAUCUAUGGGUUCAUUUUCAAGCCCGAGUGCAUGGAGGCGGGGGUCAGGUAUCCGGUGCUGCUCGAGAUCUACGGCGGACCGGAAGUGCAGUUAGUCAGCAAAUCGUUUAAAGCCGUGCGCCACUGUCGCCGCCAUUUACUGGCCUCCGAGGGCUAUAUUGUGGUGGCGUUCGACUCCCGGGGCUCUAAGCAUAGAGGCGUCCAAUUCGAGGCCCACUGUCGCAGACGGUUAGGACAGGUAGAGAUCGCCGAUCAGGUGGAGGCGCUCCAGUGGUUGGCCGAGAACACCGACUUCAUAGACAUGUCGCGCAUAGCAGUGCACGGAUGGUCGUACGGAGGCUACCUGUCCCUCAUGGCGUUGGCCCAGAGACCAGACAUCUUCAAGUGCGCGAUAGCCGGCGCUCCGGUCACUAAUUGGCAAUUGUAUGACACGGGGUAUACCGAGAGGUAUAUGGAUACGCCCGCUAACAACCCCGAGGGCUACCGGUUGGGGAACGUUAUGACACAUAUAAACUCCUUUCCCAAUGAGGAGAACCGUUUGUUGAUAAUCCAUGGCUUAAUGGACGAGAACGUGCACUUCGCGCACACCGUUCAGUUGGUACAGGCGCUGGUGAACGCCGGUAAACCCUAUCAGUUAAAUGUAUACCCGUUUGAGAGACACAGUCUAAGGCACUCCCAGUGCUCCGAACACUACGAGACACUAUUGCUAUCUGCUCAAUACGUGCCGUACAAACGGGUAGUGAAGUGUUCGCCCACUCACUCAUCCAUUGGACUCAUGGAGUGUUUCGGUGGACCCGAUGCCUCUCAUUGUACGCCAUUAUCGCUGUCAACCCUACCGUUCCCCUCGGGACAACCUAUGCCCUCAAACGACUGCUUAACAAAUGUGUAUCCAAUACACACACUACUGUUCCCCUCCCUAUCCAUUACCGCUCAUCCCAGUCCCUGUAAUUUAAGGUAA